UUUUCUCACUCUGUUUGAAAGGUCGGAAUCCUGUGGCAGGCCUCCAAAUGAUGAAGUGUUUUAUUCCUGAUACUGGUAUACAUGCUUUUGGAAAAGCAAUUCAUUGUCUCUGCAAAAUUGGAGAAGAAAUCUUCAUUGAAACGAGAAAACAUGGACUUUCUUUCAAGACAGUCAACUCUGCAAGAUCAGCAUAUGCUUGCUUUGAAUUCAAGAAAAGCUUUUUUGAUUCUUAUAGAAUUGGAGCAGACAGCUCUGUCUUAAAUGGAGAGGGUAGCAUUUUUUGUUGCAAGGUGUUAUCAAAGUGUCUUUUGUUAAUAUUCCGAGCAUUGUCUUCAUUGGAAAAGACUGUCAAUCAGUGUCAGAUAUCAAUUGAUUCAGACUCAUCCACAAUAGCAGUUAUAUUCCUUUGUAAACAUGGCAUUACAAAACGGCAUAGAAUUAAUUACAAUGACUGUGAAAUGCUAAAAGCUGUUUAUAACAAGGAAAACUGUUUUAAUCAUUUGGGUGGAGUAUCAAGCUCGUUGAGUGAAGUGGUUGUCAACUUUCCCAAUAGUCAAGACGAAGUAACUCUUGUUGCUAUGAAUGACAAGAUACAGUUAAAGAACUAUAAUGAAGAUUUUGGAGAUAGUCGAUCCAUUUCAACCGAAAUUUAUUUGUUGUCGGAAGAAUUUGACUCGUUUGAAAUUUCAAAAGAAACAUCUGUCACUUUUUGUCUCAAAGAAUUGAGAGCAUUACUAGCAUUUACUGACUCAUUGGACGAUUGCUUGAACAUUAAUUUCAAUUCAUGUGGCAGUCCUGUAGUUUUCAGUAUUGAUGAUAACCCUCAGUAUACUGCUGAUGUUGUAUUAGCAUCAUUAAUGGAUAAUCAAGAGGAAGAACCAACACAGCAAGAAACAAAUAUCUCGGCUACUAUUGAAGCAACAUCAGUUCAUCAGACAUUAAAUCAUGAUGAUAGUCCCUAUAUACCAGACAAUGUAUCACAAAUUUAUGUACCACUAAAAGAUUUGGAAAGAACUUGUGUUGCUGGAACUAAUGAAACUGAUUUAAGAUCUCAUCAGAAUGAACCUCAUCAGCUAUCGUAUGCUACCACUAGUCAUGCAAUGGAUUCUUUACUACUGGAUGAUGAAAAGGAAAUAUUAACAGCAGAUAGAGAAACACCUGCAUUUAAACCAUUGGUUAAUAUCUCUAACAAUUCUCAAUACAAAGGCUCAAGUAAUAGGAGAUCAUUAGAACCAGUGCCAUCAGAGUUUGAUGAUGAUAAAGAGUUUGAUUGUUCUGGUGUAGUUCCGAGUACUCCACCUCCAUUAAAGAAGGUAAGAGAUACAUGUCCUGUACUAAGGGUUUCCCACAAAGCAUACGAAUGAGCUAAAUACUGUAUU